UUUCCUCUAAAAAUUUACUUCUUUUUAGGGUUUUCAAUAACUGGCUAUUGGGUCUUCAAAGGGUUUUUGAAAUAUAUAAUCGGAUUAAGUUCUUAAUCUGAUUGAACUUUUAAAGAUUUUUUCUUAUCUUCUACGAUUGUCGAAUCUUUAGAGUAGGGAUAAUUUUUCAAGCGUUAAAGGAAUCGAUAUUUGGUUUGAGAUUUUUUAUAAAAAAAUGAAGCGAUCGCGGAAAUCGAACAGGGUUUCUUGGGCUCCAGGUGUUAAUCUUUGUCAGGUGAAGCUGUUUCUGAGGGAGGAUUGCCCCUCAAAGGUUGGUGGUCAAUGUCAAGAUACUAUUCAAGCAAAAGCGUCAUGGACAUCGCAUCCCAGUGGCAUGUCUGUCAUUGACCUUCCCCCUGGGUUUGAAGGUUGUCAUUACACGAAUGCAUUGAAGUAUGAUCUGGCUAAGAUUCCUAGGAUCCAAUGGAUAAGCCCUCCAAAGUUUGCCCUGAAUUUUAACUGGCAAGUUGCAGCUGGGGAAGAGAGCAAGGAAGUGGAGGCUCAAAAACUGCGAGAAAAGAGAGUGCUUGAAGCAGUUUAUCCUCGCAUCUCCGUUAUUCCUCCCAAUCCUGUUUCCCUGAAUGUAGAAGUUGAGAGCUAUGAUGAUAGUCGAAUUCCCCUUGUUCCUCUAACUCCAAUUGAAGAUGAUGAGGAGGCAGAGGUACCUUCAGGCAUUGCCGCACAAGCAAAAUCUCCCUCUAACUUUGAGACAGUAGCAUUGCUAAAGCACCCAGGUCUGUCAAACUCUGGAACCCAUAAUAUGCCACAUUGCCCUAGUUCUGCUGCUGGGGCGCCUGACAUGUUACCUGGUGUAAGCUCUGAUGUGAUGACAGCUACUUUGGCCGCCUUAACAGCAGUCGUGAAAACCAAAGAGCAGGGAAGUUUGGUAGACACUGAUUUGCUCGUUAAAAUCCUUAGUGAUCCAAAGAUAGUUGAGAAAUUAAUCCACGAUCAUGGACAUCCAGUUGCUGCUGCCAAUGGCAACGUGGUAAGUACACCUGUACACACUUCAGAGCCAGAAACGGGAAUAACUUCUUUACCCUGCUCAAAACCACAAAUGCCAGCUGACAGAAACUCGAACCACUUAGUAAAAGAGUUCCGGCCGGUGUCAAGUACACCAGCUUCCUGGGCUGACAUAGUUCCCAUUUCCAUGCCUAUGAGAGUAGAGUCAUCGGUUCCCUUAACCAGUACAAAUAUAGAUAUGAUAACUGGACAUAGGGCAGCAAAUGGUAAUGCUUACACAACAAUGAACCAGGUACAACCUUCUCCUAGCAUGAUGCCUGUGCAGCCAGCCAUUAGUUCAACAGCCAUGCAAGCUGUGAAGGAUACUAACUAUUUUAAGAACCUGAUAAGGGAACAUGGCAGAGAUAAGGAAGAAGAUAAAGGGCAUAAUAUGUCACAAACCGGAAGUCACAUUAAUCACAUCCAAAACCUGAAAGUUGUAGAGACCUUAAAACCUGUGGCAUCGAAAACCAAGUUUCGAAAACCGUGCAUGUUUUUUAACAGUUCAAAGGGUUGUCGUCAGGGGUCCAAUUGCCCCUACUUGCAUGAUAACAAGUCAUUACAGUGGCAAACUGGGAGAACCUUGGAAGCUCCGAGUGCUAAGAGAAUGAAAUUAAGUGGGGAAAUUACUGGUAGGAUAUAAGUAAGACGGAUAACUUUCUUUUUAAGUGGAGAUUUUUUGCGGCUGUAAUAACUACUCUUUUUGCUUUCGAGGAUUGUAUAGAGUUUUCUCUUCGGUUAGUCUUUGAAAAGAGAUUUUAGCGCUUUACCAGAAAAAAGAAAAAGAGAAUUUUUAGAUGGUUUGAAAGUUAUGUGGGGGAAGGGUGAGUAUUUCAAAAUUUAGGUAGAAAAGAGUCGGAAAUUAAAAUCAGAGAAGUGGUUUUUAAAUAGUAAAAAUGAUGGCUCAAGCUUCCCUGGUUUAUUCUAACAUUAAAUGACCUCUUUUAUUUGACUCAUUGUAAAAAAAGAAGUUUUAGGAGUGUUCGAUUAUUUUAAGCUUGAAUUGGAUUAUUUCUAGUUUGACUCAGACCAUUUGGGUUUGUAGGAUAAGGUUUUUUGGGUUGGGACGUUUACCAUUCACGUUAUUUUGGGUGACAUUCAGUUUUGUCAUAUUAAGUUAUAUGCUAUUUUUGGGAUUUGGUUUGGAGGUUCA